AUGGCACGCUCAAGUGCUCUCCGUGGCGUGAGCGCGCUCGACCUGGUCCGGCAGCUGUGGGCGCAAGCGCAGUUGCCCAGCCGUGUUCUCGAAAACACUAUACAGCGCGGCAACGUCAUGCUCAUCAACGAGCCUAGCGGCGCGGGACAAGCGGUGCGCUCGUCGUUCCAGCUGACCGCGGUGGCGCAGGCGUGCUGUGCCGCAAUUGCUCUCGCCGAGCGGCUGAGGCUGGCUUUGGAGCGGAUCAAAGCCUCGAGUGCAGGCGAAGCCGAAGUGGAGCGGCUGGUGCUGGACCGUGUCGAAGUGGAUGCGCGGCACGCGAUUGCCGAGUAUGUCGGGUGGACCAAGGUUCACAUCGGCCAAGCCGGGAAGGGGCAGAUGCUAAGGGAGGCCGUUGCUACGGAUAGCGAGGCAGGAAGAGAGGUGCUCAACAUCGAUGCGCACGCCGUCGCCGACUGGGACGCGCUCGCCGGCCUCUACCGCACUCGCCCAAACCCGCACCGCACCGUGACGGGAGUCGUUCGGAUCCACACCAACUUCCCACACCACAAGCUGGGCAUUCUGCAGAUGCUCAACCUCGCGCCCCGCACGGCACGGUGGACAGACGCGCGAAUAUACGAGGAUGUCUUUGCGCACGUUGAGCGGGCAGAUCUGCAGCGCGAGCUAAGCAAAUGGGACGCUUUCGAGUUCGAGCAUGCUGCUCAGGAGGCUGGGCUGUGCGUGACAGCGUACCGAAGCCGAGCGGAGUGGGAGGCGUCCGAGAUGGCACAGGCGCUGCGGGUGUGGAUGGGCGAUAAUGCGGCCGGCGGGAGUGCGUUUCGAAUCUCUCACAUCGACUCACCCACCCCUACUGCGCGUAGACGAUCGACUACAAGCAGGCCUGACAAGCUCAGAGUGGUCGACAUGUCGCGGGUCAUCGCGGGACCGAUCUCGACUCGAACGCUCGCCGCGCACGGCGCAGACGUACUGCUUCUCAGCAGCGCUCGCUUGCCCAACCUUCCUCUGCGCGAGCUGGACACCGCACGCGGGAAGCGCACUGCCUUUGUCGAGCUUCCGCCCGGUGGAUCUGGCCUUACGGAGCAAAUGGACGCCCUGCUGAGGGGGGCCGAUGUGGUUUCGCAAGCGUAUCGCCCGCAGGGUUUGGCCGAGCGGGGGCUCAGCGCGGAGGAGGUUCAGAAGAUCAGGCCGGGGAUCGUUUACGCCGAGCUGUGCGCAUUCGGGUUCACUGGCCCAUGGGCGGACCGGAGAGCGUACGACUCGUUGACGCAAACCGCUUGUGGGAUCAACUAUCUCGAAGGACUCAGCUAUCAGCAACACGAAUCGGCGACAGAAGUGGGAGAGGUGGAACCAAAAGCACUGCCCGUACAAGCGCUAGACUAUGCAGCCGGGUCGCUCAUGUGCUUUGCUACCCUAGCGUGCAAGUGUCGAGCCAUUCUCGAACGUAUCAACGAUCCCAGCGACGACGAAGAGGAGAUGGAAGCGAAAGGCUGGAAGGUUCAAAUCAGCCUGGCAAGUACAGCCGAGUGGAUCAUGAGUCUAGGUCAAAUCGACGGCGACGAGGCUUGGACUACACCACCGCAGGAUAUCAUUCCAAUGCACGACGAGGCGAGGCUGGCCGCCAUCACGAGCAGCUACAAGGUUCGUGGUAUUUCGCAGCAGGAUGUCCAUGUGCUGGCUGUCCGCCAUGCGUCCCUACCCGAUGCGACGUCAGAAGCUGAUGAUGGUCUGAGGUGGACGGUUCCCAGCCAUCUGGGCGUCGAUCGGUUGGAGUGGUUGUAA